CGUAUACAUGUUCUUAAAUAGUCCAAUCUUUCUUUCAAUUUAGUUGUGUCCAUCCUAAUCAUACGUAGGAGACUGUCUUUCAAAGAAAAUCUGAAAAUAAAAAAUCAGGUGCGUAUAACCCUAUUGUCUAGAAACAUUUGCAAGGAAGACGCUUGCCAACCAAGUUGAAUUGAAACAAUGAGCAAAACAGAAGUAUAGAUAACAAAUAAUAUUUUACUGUUACGCUAAUUAAGUAUUUUAGUAUGUGUUGCAUGUUGUGUACGUACAUCAGCGGUAUUUUAGGGACCAGCGCAUGGGCAAGUUACGGCGAAAGGCAAGCUGAUAUUUCAUUUGCUAAUCCAAUGCUUAUACCACUGGAGUAACGAGUACAUGUCGGAUCUGCAACACCAUCAUCACAUUAGCGUUCUUGCAUGCCGGCAUUUCAUAUCAAAUUUCGAGAAGCCAUAGAAAGUAAUGCAUUUUGUAUUAUGAUUCAUACAGCUCCCUAGCCUGUUCAUGUAGAAAAAGUGCUUAAACUUCUUCGGCGACCAAAUAACGCAAUAAACAAUGGCGUAGCCAUUUCUUACUUCGACACAGGGGCGGAUCUAGGAUUUUUCGUACCUCAGUCAAAAAUUUUUGGCGGACGGGGCGUUGUCAGCGCUGGGCGUGGUCUCGACUGGGCGUGAAAAACGUAUUUAGAUUAAAUUUAAAUUGAUAAACUCAAACGAACAUUUGAUUCUUAUCCAUUGUAAGAAAAACUACAAAUGCACAAAGAUAUAUUGAUCCUAUUCCAAUACAAAAUUUUAUGGAUAUAUUACUAUGAUAUAGUACAUUAAAACUCAGCAGCAAUUUAAUAACAUGUUUGCCUGUGGAUUAAUCAAUCGUCGUCAUAUUGAUACUAUACCUAUAAGUGUAUCAUUGUAAAACUUGUAAAAUCAUAUGGCAGCAAAUGCAUUAAGGAAAUAUACUGUUCUGUUACCAAAAACGCAGAACUAUACAAAUAAUUGCUAGUAGCCUCAGACCCCAAAAAACAACCAGAUAUUCAUUAACUAAGUCAAACACUAUUACAUUAACAAGAUAUAAAGAUGUUAUGUCAAAUAUUAAUAAACUAGUUACAUGAGAAUGGCUACGAGUCAAUGAGAUUUUCAAGCUAGCUUAUUAAAUAUUUCACAUCAUCAUGUUACACCAGACCAAUGCGGUCUAACAAGGCGUGUCGAUAGGCUAUGGACAAACAGUAUUCUAUAAGGCCGACAUGUUGUGUGAUCGAUGCAUAAAUAUAAAUAAAUCUUAAAUAAAACUUCACUAUAAACACGAGAAUCAACAAAUGCUUACAAUGUGGACAUUGAAUAAAACAUAUUUUAGCUUCUUGACGCGAGAAUUAUGCUAAUACAGCAUAGCGAAUAUUAAAAUAUCAUAUGUCAAACAAUCAUUAACAACACCGACGGCUUUGGAUACAUCAUUAUAAAACCAUAAAUUUCUCUACCUUAUUGCAGUGCAAGCUUUGUCUUUCUUAUCUCGAACAUUCUUCGGAAUGUAGCUCUCUGCGCCAAAAUUUCUAGCGAGGCUUCUGCUUGUGUUGUUGAUGGCGCUCACUUUGCCGUUCAGUAGCUCGUCCACAGUCGGGCACAGAAUUUGUCCGUGAAGCAUCGAUAUUCUUCUCAAGCUCCGUAUACAAACGUUGUAGAGAUUCUAAAUCGUUUGCCGCAAUCGCAAACUGAAUAUUGUCGAAAAUGUUUCCAGAUAUCGCUGGCAGAGAUCGCUCGUAAAAAUAUAAUAGUAAAAUUUCUCACAUGCCAGACGUUCGAAAUAGUAAACAUUCAGGAGGUAUAAAACACCAAAUGCCGUGUUGACGAAUACCCCACGCUGCGAAUCCGUCGAAAAUAUAAGCCAAUGACAGUGCAGAAUAUUUUUAAAUGGUUCAAUCAGAAGACUCAUACAGAGCCCUUGAAUCUGCAAAUCCGUCAGGCCUCCCCACAGAUCCGUCGCAAAUGGCUGUAACCAUGGAAAUGAGCGCGUCAGCCAAUCAGAUAGCCGGAUUCAACCCCCGAAUCCGUCAACAUUCAUGCGUAAGACCGCUGUUCGUGACUGACUAACAUUACUUUGCCGAAGCUCUGCCGCAGCAUGAAACGUAUAACUGGACUACGAUUCAAAAUUUUAAUAACUCGAUCUACUGGCCGCUAUAGAUAGCUGGAGUCGAAUUUUUUAAUUAAGUAGGCAAUUUUUACUUCAGUCGCGCGACUGACUUGACGACCCCUAGAUCCGCCCCUGCUUCGACAAUCAAUUACAAUGUUUCUUUGCUAUUCCAAGUUUUGCGUCUCGUAUUUAUACUAGCUGAAUUAAGACAUCUGCUAAGUAAUUCAUAUACACCUUUGACCAAACUUUUGUGAUCAAUAAUUAUGCCCGAAACGCUUGACAUAUACCCAUUCAAGAAAAGAUUAUUCGUUAAAUUCAUAUUUCGUUAAUUAUAUACUUCAACUAUUAUGGGAGAAGUGAAUAAAGUCCAAUCUACCCGUUUUCUGUAUUUUCUUGUGUUCUCAUCAAGAAUGAGUAAUUGGGCAUAUUUCUGUUUUACAUAACGAAAUUCAAAUUAUUUGCGCCAUUUUUCGUUGCAGGCGUUUAAUAUUUAAACUUUUAAAUAACCAUUUUUUUUAAUUUUCAUCAAUUUAUUUGAAGAUUAUCAUUGCAAUUUCAUAAACAAGACUUAUAUAUAGAGAACCUUUCCAUUAUCCUAUUAUUUCUUUUUACUGGUAUAGAUGACAGGAGAAUCUCGCAUUCGUCACCACAAUUUAGGUGACGAUGCUGUAGGUUAUGCUUUCCACAAUGCUAUUUAUGACGACGCUAGUGAGAAGAAAAAAACUGAGAAUAUGGAUGAUGUUCGUCUCUCAUCUUCCGUUGAGUUGAAGAACGCCCAAAGUGAUGUGGUCAAUGUGAAGCCAACUGAGACAACAUCGGCAUUUGAAAAUCCAGCUUUUGAAGAAAUGUCUGCUUGCUGAAUAAAAUUCUGAUCUUACUUAUUUAACUCGUGUAUUGGAAUAUUGGCAAUGAUAGUAUAAUGAUUUUAAUAAUAAUGAUCAUAAUGAUGAUAAUAAUAAUGUGUGGAUACAGAUAUGUACACAGAUCUAAAGCUUGAUUUUUAGAGACAUUGAUUAUUUGAAUGGGGAUUUGAUAUAUACUCGAUAACACCAUUAACUUAUAUAGAUAUUCAUAGUCUGUGAAGAUAUGAUGGUCUGCAAUCCCGGAAAACUAUAAACCACAAAAUACCGGGUGGCCCAAAAAAAAGUACUCCGGUUUGAUUCGAAAUAACUUCUAAACAAGUAAAGCUUUUAAAGAGAAAUAACUUGCAUCAAAUAGAGGAAGGACUAACUUAGAUUUUGAUAUGUUACAGUUGUAUUUUACUUAAAAAUUUACGGAGAUAUUAAUGUUUAAAAUCGGGAGCAUAUUUCUUGAUGUGUCUGAAAUAUGCCAAAAACAGCGUAUCAAAUAUUAAUCAAGAUUUACCCGACUGAAACAUGCACUAUUACCUGUAAAUAAAUGACACUUGACAAAUUGUUUAUUAUGAAACAAAGUAUUAUUAUCUACAAAAUACAAGCAAGAUUUAUUCGUCCGAAAUCCGCGUGUGUUUCUAGCACGAAUACGUUUCCUUAUUUCAUGAGACCACUGCAUCGCGAAGGAUCGUCAUGGAUCGUUCGUAGUUCUGAAUUAGGGCACGCUGUCACAUUGGAAUUGUGAAUUUUCUAACUUCACAUUGAAUGAAUUUUCUAACUUCUGCAACGUUCUGAAAUCUUGUUAAGAACACCCAAACUCUUUUGCCUUUCUUAAACUUGGCAAGUUCAGAAUAAACUGAGAAUGAAACACAAUCAAACCAUACAACUCCAUAAGUAAAGACAUAACAAGCAUGCAACUCCCCAGAGACAUCCAACAUUUUUGGAACAAAACGUAACAAAAUAGUAGCUUUGAUACUGUGAUGUGUAUUUGCAAAAAGCAAUAUUAUUUUCUCCAUUAAAGAACAAUAUUAAUCCUGCUCUAACCGAGAAAUAAUCAACUUUGUUUUGAACCCAUGAAAAACAUAAAAAAUAGGUUAUUUAAGAAAAAUUGAAGCGCCUGCCUUGCAUGGUCUUUCAGUACCUUAAGUUUGCAAAGACCUAUUAAAUACUUACAUAAUUUCGAACGUUCAUAGUUCAGGAAACAAUAAGUUAAGACUUACAUGUAAGAUGUCUAAAUCUACGCCAUAUCCCUUACAAACCCUAACGACAAUUCGCUGAAAUACAAUUUACCCUGAUAUGUCAUUAAGCAAACAAACGCUGGAGUUAAAAUUUGAUACGCCG